CAGCUGCAGCUCACCCUGCCGUUGAGAGUGGCGACAGUAGUGAUCAGACCACCAUGCAUCGCUUGCGCUUUCUCAGGGCGCCACUUGGCGGUGGCAUUGGUGGCAUCCGUUCGAGAGCAUAUUCCGCUCCAACAGCAGCAGCAUCCGCAGGAAAUACCCCAUGCAUGGCGGCAACGUGCAGCAGCAGCAUCGGCGGCAGCACUGCUGACACCCAUAGCAACAGCAGUAGCAGCAGCAGCAGUAGAUGCCUCAGCACGAGCGCAAAUCAGAAGAAGUACGAGGACAUCCCGAAGCGCGUCUACGAGAGCGCGCCGAAGCGUCGCCACGGCAAGCACGCCGGGAUGAAGAAGUGGUCAGCAACUACGAGAGGCCCUCCGCCGCAACAGGCGGAGCAGGAGCAGGAGGAGCGGGAGGGUGAGGUGCAGCAGAAGCAGCUUGCCUUGGGUGACGUUUGGAGCAGCGGGAAUGAGGGGAGCUUGAGGGAGAUCACGACGGGACUGAAGGAGAUCAGGGUCAGCCCCUGGAACCUGAACCUCCUGGCGAAGCUCGUGAGGGGCCUCCCGGUCGUGGAGGCGAACGCGCAGCUUCUCUUCUGCAAGAAGAAGCACACCACCACCGUAGCGAAAGCCAUCCAGAACGCCCUCAACCUGGCGGACAUGAGGUACGGGCUUGCCGCGGAAGAGCUGGAGGUGGGCGAGAUCUUCGUCACGAAGGGGAAGAUGGUGAAGCGUCUCCGGAUCAUGGGCAGGGGCCGCGCAGGGAUCGCGAGGCGCAAGUGGAGCCACCUCAACGUAACUCUAAGGGAGAUCGAUUUCGACAAGCAGAUCAAAGCGGCGCCUAGCAGGAAUCGGAGGGAGAAACUGAUGGCCCGCAAGGAUGAGGUGGAGCAGCUUCGGGCCGAGCGCGGGGAGCAGGUUUACGCGGAGCCCAUUUAGGCGGCUGCUGCUAGCUGGUCACGCCCUCAAAGCCGCGCCGCAACCUUAGCUAGGUAGCCCAGGGAGCCCAGGGAGAGGUAGAGAUGAAAGAAAAUGGGUUAUCGGCUUCGACGACGGCGGCAGCGUGUCAACGGGGGGCAGAUUAAGCACUCGAUGGGGGCUGCGGUCACGCACAGAAGUGUUGUAACGGGAACACUUUGACCAAUGAGAAACUGCGGGCACGCUUUCUUUCGCGUACACCUUGAGAGAUUGGCGCUCUUGCGACGUACAAGUACGGGGAAAGGCAAACGAUGCGAGGCAGUGACAGCGGUGGCAGCGCCAGCAGUGGUACAAAGGCCAACUAUAACUGUUUAGUUGUGGGGAAGGGCGUUUGGUGAAUUGUUCCUUGUUUUUUGUUCCUGCCCGACUAGAAGCGACUGACAGUGAGUCGCGAUAGGUUAAUAUACCACCGGGAGUAGUCUUUGUAGUCUACUGAAAGUACCCACGACGGUAGAGUGUGAAGUAUGAAACCUCGACGUUGGGCUGGACAGCUGGUUGAACAGAGAUGAAGGCGAAGCAAGUGACGGCGAAAGCACGGCACUCAUUGCUACUGCUAUGCAGCCAGGCCGGCCGAGUUGAGUGAACUGGCCCCAAGUGCCGGCUUAAUUCUUGAGUCAGUAUCUAUCUUUGGUGUUGUCGUUCGAAGCCCGGGAAACCCAUGCCAAAAAUAAACAAAC